GCACGGUCCGCCCGCACACAGGGGGGCGCUGUGGUGCCGCCGCGCCCCUCUGGCCGCUGCCGGUGAGGCUCGGUCGCCGCCGCCCCGGUGAGGCGGGAUGGGCAAGAGCUGCAAGGUGGUGGUGUGCGGGCAGGCCUCGGUCGGCAAAACCUCCAUCCUGGAGCAGCUGCUAUACGGGAACCAUGUGGUCGGCUCGGAGAUGAUCGAGACCCAGGAGGACAUUUACGUGGGCUCCAUCGAGACGGACCGGGGCGUGCGGGAGCAGGUGCGCUUCUACGACACGCGGGGGCUGCGGGACGGGCUGGAGCUGCCCAAGCACUGCUUCUCCUGCACCGACGGCUACGUGCUGGUCUACAGCACCGACAGCAAGGAGUCCUUCAAGCGUGUUGAGCUGCUCAAGAAGGAGAUCGACAAGUCCAAGGACAAGAAGGAGGUCACCAUUGUGGUUUUGGGCAACAAGUGUGACCUGCAGGAGCAGCGCCGGGUGGACCACGAUGCAGCCCAGCACUGGGCCAAGGGCGAGAAGGUGAAGCUGUGGGAGGUGUCUGUGGCUGACCGGCGCACGCUGAUCGAGCCCUUCAUCUACCUGGCCAGCAAGAUGACACAGCCACAGAGCAAGUCUGCCUUUCCCCUGAGCCGCAAGAACAAGGGCAGCGGAUCCAUGGAUGGCUGAGCCUGCUUCCCCUUCCCUUCCAUUGCCACCUCCUCUUCCUCACCUUCCUGCUUCCCUCUCACACACCUCCUGAUGAGUCCUGGUUGCUGUCAUGGAGCCUGUGGGAAGCAGGUGGCAGGAGGAACAAUCAUCCCAGGGCUAGGGAUGGUCCUGGCAGAUGACAGAGGCAGUGGGACAGGAGCCACUCCUCUCCCUGCCUAGCCCCUGCAGUUGUCAGAGGUGCUACAGGAAGGUCAGGAUUCACUCAGUGAUCUCCUCUGCUCUCAGGUGCAGGCUGGGAGAGUGGAACAGAGGCACAGCUGGAAUGUGGGGAUCAGAUCCACAUCUGGAGGGAACAACUCCCUAUUUUUCUAUUUCCUCAUAACAUGUGGGCAGAGCCUGUUUGUCUCCAGCCAAGCAGCUCUCCUUGCCCUGCUCCAGCUGGCUCUGUGCUGCUCCCUGGCAAACUGUCCCUUACCCUGGCAGUAUCCACUGCUCCUUUAUGCACUGGAAUAUCCUGGCAUGCUGCCCCAGGGAAUGCCUAGAGCAGGGCAGGUGCUGUUCCUGAGGGCAAGGUGUCCAAAUCCACCAUUCUAGCCCUCCUCUUCCUGAGUGCAGACUCAGCCAUGAGCUUCGAGGAGAUAGGGUUGUGCUUCACCUGCAUACCUAGAUCCUUGGAGGAGCUGGGACUGUACUUACCCUGCACACCCCAGAUGCUUUGGGCUGUGGCAGCUCUCACUGGCCACCUGACACAAUGCUGCCUCCUUUUAGAACCACCAUAAGACAAGGCACAGGUGUCCCAGUCCUGCCCAGCAGCAUUCGUUCCCUUUAGGUGGUCUGGAUGUAGGAAAAGAACUGAUGAAAGCCCCAAUAUGUUUAUACUUGUUCCUUUUAUUUACUGAGUAACACAAUAAAGCGAUGAGAUUCGGUUAUCAAAA